AUGACAGAUGUACAGCUCUACCGUGAUAGUUCAGGAAGCUUGCCGUAGUGAGUUGCAAUGAACGGUUCAAUUAGGUGUUCAAUCGAAAGUUUUACUGACUACCCUCUGGUUUUGUUUACAGUUUGUCUCACUGGGCUGCGAAGGAACCCGCCAAGCACCGAUUUAUGGCGGGGAACACGGAUCACUGGGCAAAGAUGAAGCACAAGGUAUGUUACAAACGAUUUUAAGGCUCAAAUGUUGUCCUUUAGGAUAGCUGUAAUAAACAUUGCCUAGAAGUAGCGGUUGUUAGGCAGCCUAUUCUCUGGUCUCCAUGAUCGACUUCUUUCACCAAAGCCUCGCAUCCGUGUUGACAUUUUGUCACGUUAUGUUUAUCAAGUUUUAUAAAAGAAAAAACUGCUAUACUAGAAAACUUGCUUAAACUUUUACUUUUAGGGAACAACAAUAGCUGUAAUGUUAUAUUUUUUUAUGGACACAAGCAAACAUGACUAUAUGGAAAGGAACGUCACGCAACGAACUGUUGUGUCCCAUAUGCACACGAGCAAAGAAAAAAAGGCCAUUUUAUGUAAAUGUUUUUUGCCGGUCAUGUCUUUAGCUUUGAAAUUAUUUACCCAAAACCUUACACAAAUUGGUCGAAUUCAAUAAACUCUGUUUACAGUAAAUAUGAAAUGAACCUUUAGAGUGCCAAGAGAGACCAACACCAAGUUUCUCCUAACAAUACCAUUGCAUAGUAAAGAGAAAGGGAAACGAGAAUUUAAAAUAACUUGAGCACUAAACGGCACAUGCUUUGAUCUUUUAUCAAUUCUCUCAAAUAAUUCUUCAAGGAAAAGUAUAGAGGUCGGUAUGGAGAAUUUGUGUGUGCAGAUGUUGGGGCCCAAAGAGUUAAUGAUAGUACAUCUACAAUGAGGUUCUUCGUGUUCUACGCGCGGGGCGGAUGUCACUGUCCACCAUAAAGAGCUGCCGUUCUACAAACGAUUUUAAUUGUCUGUUCCUGAAACCAUUUAGCUGAUAUUGGUGUGUUAUCCUUUGCCGGGAUGUUUUCAGUGCAAGGCUGUCAGCCGUAAGGGGGAUAUCCACCUGACCCGAAGCCUCUAUUUCGUGUGGAUUUUUCUGUGACUGAAAUAACAGCCCGUGCGGUAAUUUGAAAACAUGUAACGUUGACGCUUUACCUUGUCCCCAGGGUCUUCUCGUUUUUCAAUAUAUUUUCGUCUUCUCUCCGGUUGUGACAGUAUAACAUCGACCCAGGAGAGAUUUUGUGUGCAACGAUUUUAGUGAAAACCAGGGUUUGUAGGGGUUGCUCAGUCUCGCGGGCUCACAAAACCUCCCUUAGGUCGAUCUUAUUUAGUAUUUGCCCUUCUCUCCUGCCGCCGCCAUAUUGGAAAACGAGAAGACUCUGGGGACGAGGUUGCGAUGACGCGAAACCAAGAGAGGAUAAUAGAUUAUUCUCUCUUGGCGAAACUGAUUCUCAUGAAAGUCGUUUUCCACUAUCCACCUACCUUUUAGCCUUUUCCAGGCUCUCAGAUAGUAGGAAUGAUGCGUAAGUGUAAGGGACGCAAAAAUGUUGGCGCCUGAUCUGGGAAAAGGGGGCAGUGGGGCCCUCCCUCUCUCCAGCUUCCUUCCGUUUUAUUUUCUUGUUCGCGCUUUCUCAAUCUCGCGGACCCGACUAUCUUGGAGCCUGGAACAGGCUACCUACUUUUCGUUUCAUCUAAUCCUAAGUUCUUAAAAGUUUUCCCAAAAAUAUUUCCCACCAAAAUAAAGCCAACUAAAUACGCAGCAAAAGGAAAACAAGGAGGCAAGAAAAGCGAAAGAAGAAGGGAGAAGAGAAUUAGCUAAAUUUUGCUUCCUGCGCAUGCCAGGACUUAGCGAGCUAAUAUUUUUCGUGUGGAUCAGAAGACCGCUACGUUUGCGGCCUGUAACCCUUUUGAACAACUGCGACCUGAUGGAGAGCUUGCUCGCCCGAAUUCCCUUUCCUUUCGAACGCCUAGCACGCCCCCUGCCAGGUAGGCUACGAUAAUUAUAAACGUUAUUCUAAAACAACUGCCUUCACCUUCUAUGCUGUCACUCAAAAGGGGAGCUAAAUCUGGGGACUAAAAUAACUUAGGGUUGUUGAAAGAGGUGAACAAAUGAGGUUAAAGAGCCUUUCUGACCUUUUAAAAGGGAGUAAUAAAGCUUUCCCUCCCCUCCCCUCCCCUCCCCUCCCCCUCCUCCUCCCUCUCCAUGCAAUGUGGUGCCGUUGUGCGAGCUACCUCUAGGAAACAACAACUUACCCGACUUUGAAUUGAGGGAAGGAGGACGGUUGUGGAUUGUUUUGUUCUCCGAAGUUACCCCAUUUGAGGACAAUGUCUCUAAAAUUUCGUCGUCGACUGAAGCUCUAAGUUAAAUUAAAAUCCUCGCGCAAUCGUUGUCAUAAACAAUAAGUGCCAAUUGCAGUCACACCGCUGUUUCUUUUUGUUACCUGGCUGUUUUGCCGCAUGUUAACCCUACUAAUUGUCUUUAGAUAACCCAUUAAUACAUCUCUCCUUAGGUUGCCACUUUUUCAAUUCGAGACACAACCGGACAAGUGAGGACGUUUCAUGGCGAUCGUAUGCGGCAUGAACGUUUUGCAGGUAAUUAGCUACUGGUUAAUUAGAGCGAUUUUCGUAUGACCUUAAAAUGAAAACGAACGGAAGUAGAGCGAUUUGAUUGGUUUAUCGAACGGAUACAAACGCGCGUGGCUUUUGGUUGGUUAACCGAACGCCCGGGUGAAAAAGCUUCAUGCCAGAGAAAACCUUUACAUGGAAAUACUGCGCGUUUGACAGUACCUGUGCCUGGACAAUUAAGCGAUACUAUCAUAUUGAUACGCUCUGGCACAAAAGAAUCAAUAGGCGAGUCUUUGCGUAUGUCAUAAUGUUUACAUUUUGAUGCACUAACAUACUAAUUUUACAGAUAAGGUAUCGUGUUCAACAAAAGUCAACUUCAAUAACAUAAAGAGGUUAUUAAAGUUAGUAACUUGUGUAAGUUUUGGCUCUUCACAUGAGACACUUACUGUAAUAUCAACCAUUAGAAAGUGCAAAAUUUUAGUGUGGGAAAAGUGUUAGUGAGCCCAUACAUUGUUUGUAUAAAAUUUCAAGUUUUGAACACGAUUAUUUCAAAAAAAAAGAUUGGCAUUUUGGACUUAAAUGUACAGAGAAGAGUUAUUUUCGUAUUCCUUUUUAAAUGUUAAAAAUAUAAUUUUUGUAAUUUUGUUAGAAAACGAGAGGCGUAUUCUCGAUCUACCGUGACACAAAAGAAAAUAAGAGAAUGCUGGCAGUCUAAUGCUAAUGAGAAUACCAAACAAAGAAGAUUCGCUUAUAAAACGCACCAUUAGUAUAUAUGUUGUAGUCUCAGGCCCUGUUCACACUUAUGCGUUUUUAAAAGUAUGAGUUUUUGUUGUCAUCGAAAACGCAUGAUCGAUUCGCGUCCACACUCUCGUUUUAUCGCGUUUUGACUGUCUACACUAAAACGUUCGAAAACAAUAGAAUUGCACAUUGUGACGUAGGUUGAACUCUAUGCGCAUUCUACAAACGCGCGCUUGCGAUAUUUUCGGUCUUCCCGUGGUACGUUACGUCAUCGUUUUCAUUUUGGUGCGUUUUCGACCGUUUUCUAAUACGAUAUGUGCGCGCUUUUGUUUUGAUCCACUAUCAAGAGCGUUUUCAAAUAUGAAAACGUCUUGCGUAGUAAUGUGGACCGAAGGCCCAAACGCAUCAAAAUAUAUACGUUUUCAAACGAAAAUGCAUUAGUGUGGAGGGGACCUCAAAAGUGUGUAGCACAUAUCGACUACUUUUAGAAACUGAAACGGUAUUUACCCAAAUGUAAGAAUUGCGUUAAAUAAAGAAUUCACUCGCAUGCAACCUGAUUGGCUAUCAUUGUUUCUCGUGUAUCUUUUAAUACUUUUUCACUGUAACUUAGGAUAUGUAUUUUUAUCCUUUGAUUGAAUAAAGACUAUUAUUAUUAUUAUUAAACAAAACAAUACGGUCAACAGAAGAAAUUACACGUAGCGCAAAUAUUAUCUGCCUUCGUCGGACUGUAAAUUUUACGGUGUUUUUUGUUUGUGUGUUUGUUUUUUAACCACCGCACGUGAGGUCAUGUUUAGUAUAAUCUUGGACUCAUGGUUAGUGUUUAAGAGAGAUAUCACAUGUUUAGGAAUGUUCGCGACAGGGACCAUCCUUAGGUGUGGAGCCGUCUUCUGUGAAACGUAGGCCUGGUUUGCUCGUCAAACUAUUCAUGUGCCAAACUUUUAAAAUGAUUUACUUUUAGCUUUUCAGUCUUCCGUCGCUACGACCACUACCAACUGAAGCUUAUUUGUUCAGAGACAGCAAUUAGUCAGGUUAUUUUGCUUCAAGACGUCGACAAGCACCACUCUGUACUUUUGUCUAAUCCUCCGCUCGCAGCUUUGUUAUAGAUUUAAUCUUCCCCUCUCUCUUUAAAUAAACUUUUUUUGUUCGUUUUUGCGUUAGAUAAAAAAUCUGAAGAAAAACUCCUCAAGUUUCGACAUGAAAUUGAUGGUACGUUGACGCGAAUCGGUGGCCCGAAUUUCAGCGAUAUUCUCGUCAAAGAGUUGCACGGUAACCUACCUGGCGACUACCACAAACCACGCCCGCUGCCGCCUAAACUGCUGCGGACAGCGGUCAACGCAAGAGCUAAAGAGGGUUACAUAUAUUGGUACAUGGAGAAGCCUCCACCAAAGAGUAAGUUGAAAACAAGUUCUUACUUAGGCUUCUGUGGUGGCUCUUGUGUUGUUGUUGUUUUAGCGUAUUUUGUGAUUUGUUUUCCUUUUGUUGAAGAUGAUGUUAUGUUUGGUCUGCAUUUUUAUUUGUUUGUUUGUUUCGUGGUCGUUUUCGUGUUGUUCAUUUUACUUUGUUUCAUUCCAUUCCAGAAGGAAAAACUACUUUUGGCUCCGACAAGACCUUCCUUGGAUUGGGCAAGAGGUUUUUCCCUUGAUUGACCGCUUAUUUAUACGAAUCGCACAACAAAUUAAUCAUUUUCAAUAUUUUUAUCGUGAAAUGCAAUUAGUGUUAAGACGCAGCUAGUAAGUCGGUUUACCCUGUACACCUAUCGCGCCGCGGAACAUUUGCACUCUUUGUAUGGGGUUAAUGUAUAUUCGUUGUACUUGUUAGCUAAGUUAAUUGUGGACGCAAAGAUUUUUAAAUGUUACGAUGAAGUAGCUGAGAAAUCGGUUCUCCCCUUCGAAAGAGUUUUAGCUAGUUCUAUGAGGGGUAGUUGUACGUGCGCCAGUUCCCGUGAUGGUGUAGUAAUUCUAAGAGAAUAAAUUAAUAUUUAUUUUUCGGAUCAUGCCAGUCGUGUUUUUUCGUACUCGGUGGAAUUUUAAUA